AUGGCGACAUCCUGCAGCUUGAGGAGCACCAUGGGUGUAAACAAAUGUUUCAGCUUACUUUUGCUUACUCUCACCACACAAGUGUGUUGUUAUGCUGGACCCCGAGCUCAUGCUGAGGAGAAGCUGCUCCAGGAUCUGUUCGUGCGUUAUAACAAGCUCUCAAGACCAGUGGAAAACUCGUCAGACACAGUGCUGGUCCACUUUGGUCUUUCCAUAGCUCAGCUUAUAGAUGUGGAUGAGAAGAACCAGAUGAUGACCACAAACGUCUGGGUCAAGCAAGAAUGGAAUGAUUACAAGCUGCGCUGGAACCCAGAGGAGUACGAGAAUGUCACCUCCAUCCGCAUUCCCUCGGAGAUCAUCUGGAGGCCGGACAUCGUGCUUUACAACAAUGCUGAUGGUGACUUUGCGGUAACCCACCUCACUAAGGCCCACCUGUUCCAUGAUGGACGGAUAAAGUGGAUGCCACCAGCCAUCUACAAGUCUUCGUGCAGUAUCGAUGUCACCUUUUUUCCCUUUGACCAACAAAGCUGCAAGAUGAAGUUUGGUUCAUGGACCUAUGAUCGAGCCAAGAUUGACCUUAUCAGCAUGGCCAGUGAUGUGGACCAGAUGGACUACUGGGAGAGCGGCGAGUGGGUUAUAAUGAAUGCAGUGGGAAAGUACAACACCAAAAAGUACGAGUGCUGCACCGAGAUAUACGCGGACAUCACGUACUACUUCAUCAUCCGCAGGCUUCCGUUGUUCUACACCAUUAAUCUUAUCAUUCCCUGUCUACUUAUCUCCUGUUUGACUGUGCUGGUGUUUUAUUUACCGUCGCAAUGUGGAGAGAAGAUCACCUUGUGUAUUUCUGUUUUGUUGUCGCUAACUGUAUUCUUGCUGUUGAUCACAGAGAUAAUACCAUCCACAUCGCUAGUGAUUCCACUCAUUGGUGAAUAUCUGCUGUUUACCAUGGUCUUUGUUACGCUUUCAAUUAUAAUUACCGUCUUCGUUUUGAACGUACACCACCGAUCACCUCAAACCCACGGAAUGCCACAUUGGGUGCGAAGGGUAUUUUUGGACAUGGUGCCCCGGGUCCUCUUCAUGAAGCGACCCCCCGGCACGGCCAAGCAACACUGCAAGAAGUUGAUCGAGAUGAUGCAUCGGCCAACCAUGAUAUCAGCAACGGGCAACUCCCAGAGCUUUUGGAUGGGUUUAGAAACAGGCCUGACCCAAAUAGGACAAGUUGAGAAGACACUCCCAAAAACACCAACCGACAGCCCAAACAUCCGCGUCUGCUCUCCUUCUCCUCCCUCCUCGCCUAUCAAAGAACUCAACCAGGAGGAACCCCCAGUUAAGGCCAGCAUUUUCUACCAAUCACCUACUAAACAGUAUUCAGGUCUUCAACGAGGACACAACCCCUCAACCUUGUCCUCUUCUCAGCUUUCUUUACCCCCGACUUUGGCUCUCGGACCCCUCCGCCACAUUUCCAAGAAUAGUGCAAAUAAGCUGUCCUCAAAUGGCCGCUCACUCAGCGUUGAACAAAUGUGCGACCUGCAGCGGGAGCUUCCUUUGAGGGCCACACAACGAUGUCACUCGAGCAGCUUCGAGUAUUGCAGCCUGCACAACGAAGGCCCAGAGAAAAGGAGCGGGAGUGUAGACCGAGCCAAACAACAAGCCCCAAAAAACUGCUUCACAGAAAACCUCAAAGCUGAUUACACUAAAGAUGCUAGAGGCCAACAAGAGGCUGUGAUUCACCGCAUCACUCCAGCUAUGCAACGAGCCAUUGAGGGAGUUCAAUAUAUAGCUGAUCAUCUCAGGGCGGAGGACGACGACUUCUCAGUGAAAGAGGACUGGAAGUACGUCGCCAUGGUCAUUGACAGGAUUUUCCUCUGGAUGUUUGUACUGGUGUGUAUAUUGGGAUCAGUAGGACUCUUUCUUCCUCCCUGGCUGGCUGGAAUGAUCUGA